UAGAAGACAAAGCUAAGUUACUUGAAGAUUUUAUCACAAUUGGUUUAGAUAAUAUUAUGCCUGAAAGAGUCAUAAAGAUACAUAGUAACGACGCACCGUGGAUGACCACAGAUUUGAAAUCACAGAUUAAGAAGCGUCAGAUGGCCUUAGCAGAGGGAAAUGUAACAUUAUUCAAGCACUAUCGAAAUCUGGUUAAUCGGAAUAGAAAGAAAUGUAGGAGCAAAUAUUAUUUGUCCAAAGUACACAAUUUAAAAAACUCCAGACCUCUUAAAGAAUUGGUGGAAGGAAGUCAAGCGAAUUAGUGGGCAUUCACCGGAAAACAAUCACAGUGACCUAAUUUCGCUUCUUGCUAACGCAAUUGAUAACUUUGAUCACAUGUCUCCUGAAGAUGUCGCAAAUUCAAUUAACAAUUCAUUUUUGGAUCCACAACAAGCUUAUACUCCACUUGACGAGUCCGCAAAGAUUCAAGCUCAAACUAACAAUACAUCUGAAAUAUUUAACCUAAAUACUUCAUCUUUGCAAGUAAACGAGCUCGACACGUACAAAAGUCUAAAAUCCCUUAACCCGGAUAAAUCUUCGGGUCCUGACGGCAUUUCUCCUUGGGUUUACAAAGCCUAUGUUGAAGUCCUUGCAUACCCAGUUAGUGUAAUCUUGAAUUGUUCCUACAACCAAGGAAAAUUGCCCUCAAUAUGGAAAAGUGCUAAUAUAUCACCAAUUCCUAAGGAAACACAAGUAACUAACAUUAACAAACACCCUCGUCCGAUUUCACUAACCCCAAUUUUAUCGAAGGUAGCAGAAGAAUUCAUUUUAGAAAGACAUGAUAAUUAGAUAGACAGAAUAACAAUUUUCAGGUAAAUCCGAAAUUUAUAAUACAAAAAAAUCAGGUAAAAUCUUUGGUUGCUUAGCAAUAUAUCUAAACAACAAUUUCAGAAUUUAGAUAUUUUAAAAUGUAUCAUGAGGAAAGUAAUUUAACAGUAACAACAAAUUGACGUGUACUUUUAGCGAAAUAGUUGGAAUACAAGUAAUAAAACACGAUUGCAAUGCCUGCAUGGGCGACUGUCAAUUCCAACAUCUGACAAAACGAUACAAGAACCAGCGGUUUCUCCUCAGUCGUUCAAAAUUAAAUAUGGCAGAAAUUAUGGUCAUAUUGUAAAUAAUAUGCAAAUAAAAUUGUACAGUCCGUUUGCGAGCAGUAAAUCGUGAGAGUAAAUCAUUAUGAGUGGUACUGGUAUGUGCUUUUUACAAUAUUGUCCUUGCAUUAUGGCGAUCACGCAAUGUGUGUUUUGUGUAUCAUGAAUCGGUGCCUUUUUAUUUGUGUAUUUAUGUAAAUUAUACCAUUGGUUUAGAUCGAUCAAAACGCCAAAAAACGGAGGACCAAAGGUCAAAUCGUAAAAAAGUAGUAUGUUUACGGUGUGAUAAAGUUUUAAAUGGUGAUAAUACAAAAUAUCAUCAGGCAGCCAAACAUGAAGGUCUGGCUCCGUCAUUCAGAGAAAUUUCAGAGAGGGGCCAAACUUUGCUCAAUUUUAAUAAGAUAGCUGGCCAGAUUCCUCAGGUAAGUCAAACUUCUCUUUUUUAUAUGAAUCAUAUCUGCUUUUGCCUUAUCGCCUCCCUGAAAUUGUUUGUUUAAAUAUCUGCUUCAAAAAAACAUGCAAAUAAUAAAAGAAUAUGUGGUGUUGAUUAACUGAUUAAGAUCAUUCAACAUUACUUUUCUUGUCCACUUCAUGUCGAUGUUGUCAAAUUUUUUCGAUUAUUCUAAAUCCCAAUUGUAAUAAUUAUUUCAUUUUAACUCAAAUAGAAUCAGCAGCAAGACGAUGAGAUGCCCUUAAGCUCCUCUGAGGAGUUUACUGAGAGGGAACUUUCCAGAGAUGACGAAUACCCAAAUAAGACCCCUAUUGAGGAAGUGAUGGAAAUUUGCCGGACUGAUGAUGAAAGUGGAAAGUCUACAGUUAUCGCUGAAAGUUCUAAAUCAAAUGUAGCGAAUGAUAAUAUGAUGAAAGAUUCGACAAGCUCGUGUGACAACGAAAUACGUGAAUCACAUAAUAUAUUAGAACUUGGUCCACCAAAGAUUUCUACAUCGAGUGAAUGUACAUCUCAACCACAUCCAUGUGUUGAUAAAAUAUCACUAAAUGCACCUGAUGCAGAUAAUGUGGAAUCGUGUUCUGAAGCAUACUUCAAAUGUCUAGGACAACUGCGAAAUUGCUCCGAGAAAAUUACCAACCUAGUAAGUAGUAGCACAAAUGGCUCUGUUAUUCACUACGAAUCAGCGUCCAGUGAAGUCAAAGAGCUGUGCAAAGAAAUUCUCGCCACAACACAGGAACCCAGAAUUUAGCUGAGAUUCAAUUGCAAGAAAUAGCAAGUAUUCCUGAUGAACAACUUGGCUUUAAUACUAACCAAGAUAUCCUAGUUGAACAUGAUCCUGCAAGAAGACCAGAAAACUUAACUGAUGCCCAAGUUGACUAUCUUACUCGUAUUGGUCCAUGUCAACCUAAGUUGUCAGCAUAUCCAAAGAACACUGAUUUAGCAAAGAAAGGCAAGCAGUGUUCGUUCUCACCAGUAUGGUAUAAGGAUUAUCCGUAUCUAGAAUACAGUAUGUCGAAAGAUAAAGUCUACUGCUACGUUUGCAGCCUUUUUCAGCGAGGUUUGGAACGUGAGAAGGGCGACCCUGCAUGGACUGCAGGAAUUGAUGAUUGGCCCAAAUUGAAGGGAAGUCGGGAACAGUUUGAAAGAAGGGAACAAGAAGGGAACAGUUUGAAAAGCGCAGACAUACCGCUAUCAACCGUACAGUUCCAGACAUACGAUUCAACAUCUAGUAUGUCCGGAGUUCACAAAGGCGCGCAGCAGAAAUUUACUGAAAUUCUCGAGCGUAAGAUACCGUACAUUAAGUGUGCCCCACAUGACGUUAAUCUAGUGAUAGAGCAUGGUUGCCAGGAAUCACCAUUGGUUGGUAAGACAUUUGCCACCUUAGAAAAUAUUUUUGUCUUUUUUAUCAAGAGCACCAAACGUAAUAAAGAAUUAAAGGACAAACUCGAAGAAAUUGAAAACGCGUUGAUGCUUCGCAAUCUUUCAAAGACAAGAUGGUCAGCACGUGCUGAGUCUGUGAAAGAUGUUUGGCGGAGUCUUGAUGCUAUACUUGAUGUUUUGGAAAUCCUGGAAGGUUCGAAGGACUGA